AUGAAGAGAGGCACAUCAAAGACCUCCAAAGGAGGUGUGAGGAAUAAGGCCAAGGAUGUGGUUGACAUAGACCACCUUGUGGAUCUUUGGCUGGAGCUGUCAAAGAAGGGAUGUGAAAUCUUUUCAUCCUUUGGUGAAUACAAAAGUGUGUGGGCUGAAUGCGCACCAAGAGUAGAUCUUGUGGACUUAGUGGAUGUGGCCAGGGCAAUUGCCAAAGUUAGCCCAGGCAUGCAAGUCAAGUAUGGUGACUUGAAGGAGGCUGCCAUGGCCUGCACGCACAAAGACCAAAGCUGCAAGCCAAGCAGGGGUGACACUGUCCAGGAGGCCUCCAAGAAGAUAGCAGACAGCUUUGUGAUCGUCCAGAAGCACUUCAGGGUCCUAGCACUGAACAAAGGCUGGGAGGUGAAGCUGUCAUUGCUCAUGAGAAGGCUCUCCCAAACCAAGCAGGACAAACUCCAGGACUUUGUUGACUUUUUGAGGAAGCUGAAUGAGGAUGAGCUUGCAAAUGAUUCAGCUCCUGCUGGUUCUUCUACCAGUAGAGAUGUUGCUUCUGGUGGGGCACCUUCUACUGAGCUCAAGACUGACACCAUGCCCCUGUCUCAAGUUUCCCAAGAUGAGUAUGGGCUACCCAAAGUGCCAUGUUCAGAUGGCAGCUCUGACUUGGAUGUUGGCAAGCCUUUGCCUAUCAGCAAGCAAGAGAUCAGAACCCUUAAGGCUGCUCAGGAGCCUGAGAUUGAGGUUGAUAGUGUUUGCAAGAGGCCAGCAGCUUCAUGUGUGAAGAGGCCAGCAGCAAAAGGUGGCAAAAAUGUGGGCGCACCCAAGGUCAAAGCUUCAAGUUUCAAAAGGCCUGCAGCCAAUGAAGAUGCGCAAGCCACAGAAGGUUCAAAGGACAAAGGCAGUGGCAACCAAGGACAUGAAGUACAGCUCUAUACAACCUUUGGCACAGACCAGAGCUACAUUUGUGUAAAGGAGGACAACAAAAAAGGCUGUGGCAUAAAACAUGCUGAGGUGAUCAGAAAAAUCUAUCACCAAUCACCAAAGUCCAAAGCAGAGGCCUUGGAGCUGAGACAGCAGUACCUUGAUGCCCAAGAUGAAGGGUAG